CUUCCGGUUACACUAGGAAACACGCGUGUGAGCUGCGGCGGGGACUCGGCGGGGACUGACGGAGGUCUGCGUUUUCCAAGAACUCGCCCGGGAGCCCAUCUGCAGCCACCAUGUCGGGCAGGAACAACAACAAGCUGCCCAGCAACCUGCCGCAGUUACAGAACCUGAUCAAGCGGGACCCGCCGGCCUACAUCGAGGAGUUCCUCCAGCAGUAUAAUCACUAUAAAUCCAAUAUGGAGAUUUUCAAGUUACAACCAAAUAAACCCAGCAAAGAUCUGGCAGAGCUGGUGAUGUUCAUGGCACAGAUUGGCCACUGCUACCCCGAGCAUCUCAGCACCUUCCCGCAGGAGCUGAAGGAGCUGCUCUCCUACAAUCACACUGUCUUGGACCCGGAUCUCCGCAUGACGUUUUGCAAAGCGUUGAUCUUGCUGCGAAACAAAAAUCUCAUCAGCCCCUCGGGUUUGCUGGAGCUCUUCUUCGAGCUUCUGCGCUGCCACGACAAGCUGCUGCGGAAGACCCUGUACACACACAUUGUGACUGACAUCAAGAACAUCAACGCCAAGCACAAGAACAAUAAAGUGAACGUGGUGCUGCAGAACUUCAUGUACACCAUGCUGAGGGACAGUAACGCCACUGCAGCCAAGAUGUCUCUGGAUGUGAUGAUUGAACUCUACAGAAGGAACAUCUGGAAUGAUGCUAAAACUGUCAAUGUUAUCACAACUGCCUGUUUCUCCAAGGUCACCAAGAUAUUAGUUGCUGCUUUGACGUUCUUCCUCGGGAAAGAUGAGGAGGAGAAACAGGACAGUGACUCAGAAUCCGAGGACGAGGGCCCCACAGCGAGGGACCUGCUGGUGCAGUACGCCACGGGGAAGAAGGGUUCCAGGAACAAGAAGAAGUUGGAAAAGGCAAUGAAAGUGCUCAAGAAACAAAAGAAGAAGAAGAAACCAGAAGUGUUUAACUUUUCAGCUAUUCACCUGAUUCACGAUCCCCAAGACUUUGCAGAAAAGCUUCUGAAGCAGCUCGAGAGCUGUAAGGAGAGGUUUGAGGUGAAGAUGAUGCUCAUGAACCUCAUCUCCAGACUGGUGGGGAUUCACGAGCUUUUCCUCUUCAACUUCUACCCUUUUGUGCAAAGGUUUCUGCAGCCCCACCAGAGAGAAGUCACAAAGAUCCUGCUGUUCGCUGCACAAGCCUCUCAUCACCUGGUGCCGCCAGAGAUUAUUCAGUCAUUGCUCAUGACGGUGGCCAACAAUUUUGUUACUGACAAGAACUCUGGGGAAGUCAUGACCGUAGGAAUCAAUGCUAUAAAGGAGAUAACGGCCCGAUGUCCUUUGGCCAUGACUGAAGAACUUCUCCAGGACCUGGCUCAGUAUAAGACACACAAGGAUAAGAACGUAAUGAUGUCUGCCAGAACUUUGAUUCAUCUCUUCCGGACACUGAACCCUCAGAUGCUGCAGAAGAAGUUCCGGGGUAAACCUACUGAAGCCUCCAUUGAAGCAAGAAUACAAGAAUAUGGAGAGUUAGAUGCUAAAGAUUACAUUCCAGGAGCAGAGGUUCUAGAGAUUGGGAGAGAAGAGGGUACAGAGGAUGAUGAAGAUGGAUGGGAAAGCGCCAGCCUCAGCGAGGAAGAGGAGGAGGAUGGUGAAUGGGUUGAUGUGCACCACUCUUCCGACGAGGAACAGCAAGAGAUUGCUAAGAAGCUGGACAGCAUGCCCAUGGAGGAGCGGAAAGCCAAAGCUGCAGCUAUCAGCACGAGUCGGGUUUUAACACAAGAUGACUUCCAGAAAAUCCGCAUGGCCCAGAUGAAGAAGGAAAUGGACGCUGCCCCCGGGAAAGCCCAGAAAAGGAAAUACGUCGAAAUCGACAGUGAUGAGGAGUCCAGGGGUGAAUUGUUGUCUCUUCGGGACAUUGAACGCCUUCAUAAGAAGCCCAAGUCUGACAAGGAAACAAGACUAGCAACUGCCAUGGCAGGAAGGACAGACCGAAAGGAAUUUGUGAGGAAGAAAACCAAAAUAAAUCCGUUUUCCAGUUCCACAAAUAAAGAGAAGAAAAAACAGAAGAACUUUAUGAUGAUGCGAUAUAGCCAGAAUGUCCGGUCAAAAACCAAGCGUUCCUUCCGGGAGAAGCAGCUAGCACUACGAGAUGCACUUCUGAAAAAGAGGAAAAGAAUGAAGUAACCUACGAGCAAGUUAUCCAUUUCCUACUAAAUGCUAAGUGUGUAUCAACAUGCUGAAAAUUAGAAAAUAUUUGUUUACAUUAAAAGGCCAAGAAACGCUAUAUUUUGGAAACCACAGUAA